AGGCAUGUCAAUGUGACCUGAGUCAGUCCGCCAUACCGAAUGCAAAGGACUGCACGCCAGCGCACAAGUGCACUUAAUAUAACACACAAAGCAAGUGGAUCAGCAUUGUCUGACACUGAACAAAAGUCACUUUCACCAGCCAGACACAUCAAAGAGGCACUUGCAAGUCAUGGCAGAGGAUAUUCAGCAGAAGCUGGAGAAGUAUCGCACGGCACCAUUCGAUGCCCGCUUUCCGAACCAAAACCAGACGAGAAACUGUUGGCAGAAUUACCUGGAUUAUCAUCGAUGCUAUAAAGCUCUGGAUGCCAAAGGCGUUGACACAGCUCCAUGUGACUGGUACAAGAGAGUCUACAAGUCACUGUGCCCUCUUUCCUGGAUCGAGAAAUGGGACUCUCAGAGAGAUGACGGGACAUUCCCAGGGAAGAUCUGAAAAUAGCACGGUCUCUACAGCACUGCUUCAGGAAACGUGUCUGUCGUUGGCAUCGUCUCGCCUCCAGCUGAACAGGGCCUUAUCAAUGUUUGUUCAUAAAUAAAAUCAAUACGCUCACAUUUGAUGGGAUUCAGUGU